AUGGCUACUUCGGUAAACAGCCGAAGUGAGUCGACCGGUGGCAUUCUGGGGCCCCGAAAGACAAUGAUCAUCAUGGUAACGGUGGUUGGAUGCAUCGCCAUUCUGUGGCCGAAGGUCUUCUAUCCGAUGAUGGUUGGCCCUGGACAGACCAAGAACGUCAUCAAGGAUCAUCGCGGACCCGGUUGUUGCGAUGUAGUGUUAGACCAGGAAACUUUUGCCAACACGACCAUCGUAUCUUCGAGCCAGCAAAAUCUAUUUCGAAAGCGAAACAUCGGCCCGGUGGCAGAAGACAUCAGUAUACGGCAAGAACGGCCACCGCACCUUCGACCUGAUACGAUACAUCCGGCCAUGCGAGAGCGUGGCCGGGCAAUUCCACAAGCAGGAGCCAUUCACAGCGAACGGCCAUCUUCACCACCUAGGAUAGUGGAAGGAAGGCCCGGUCCCAUACCUGGUAUGCGCCCGCCUAUGGGAGCUGGAUCACAUCAACCGACAAAAUCCGCCAACUCAAUGGGUUUCAUAAUGCCACUUUAUACCAUCGGUAUAGUUUCAUUCUUCAUCUACACAAUACUGAAACUCGUAUUCAAAAAGACGCCAGCCGCCCCGUAUCCGGAGAUUAAGCCUGACCCAGCCUUUAGGAAUGAGGUUUUCUCCACAAAUCAGUCGUACAUCAAGCGACCCGAUACUGGAACUACGAAGCUAGGCCAGCCGAUCUCUGGCACAGAGAACGGUGUUCCUGUUUCGCCGGUUCCAGUGCCCUGCACUAGCAAUGGCCACUCGGUGCAGGCGGAAAUAAGUGGCGACUAUGAGCAGCUUGCGGCCAAAUUAGAGGAACAUCCUGCAACGACAGAUUCACCGGCUCUAGAAUGUGAGCAAAACGUUUCCUUGGAACCAUAUAACAGCGCCAGUCACGAACUGGUGGACGAAUCAAAAACCGUUACUAACGACGAAUUAACACAACCAAGUUACGAUCCCACUAUCGAGAAGGUAGACGAUGGACUCGUUUCACAGAAGGUUGUACAGCAGGACGACGAAGAAACGAGUGAAAGGAUAAUAGAACAAGUAGCGAGUCAUGUAGUUCAAGAAGUUCUAGAAAAAGCUGAACAUAAAGUAGACGAAAUAAUAGAAGCUGUAGCAACAGAACUAGUGGAGCAAGUAAUCGAGCAAGCCGAAGCGUUUGUUAAUAGUGCAAAGACGGAAGAACCUGAACAAGAUCGCCAAUCAUUAGAAGUUCAGGAAUAUCCGAUCUCCACCCUACAGAGUACUGACAAUAUUUACACAGCAACUGAAAAGCCCGAAGUGUCAGAGUUGUUACUUCCAUUGGAAUCUUUGCCGAAAGAUCAAACUGUAGCUCAAUUACAAGACGAUGCAACAAUAUAUUCAGAAACUGAUAUAACAAUUGAAAGCGGUAUACUUGAGGAAGAUAAUGAUGUUGCUGAGAAAAAAGAAACUGCAGUAGCUGAAGUAACAACUCAGUGCAUUCAAAAGCCGAAUGACGAACCAAUUCGAGAAACGAAAAUUGAGACAGUUGCUGAAAGUCUUGCAGCCACUGUUCUAGAACCAGUGGAUCAAUUUGCAGCUGAACCGGUUGCUUUGAUCGAAUCAAAAACAGAAACCGACAGUGUUCAGACUAGCGAGUCAGAUCAGCCGGUCGACACACAGCUUGAUAACACAGUAACCGAGAAGACUGAAGAAACAGAAACCGAAACAAUUGUGCAAGAAUUCCCAGGAAACGAGUUGCAACAAGUCGAAAACAUUAUUUAUGAUAGUCAUACGGAAGUUCCCGUUAAAACAGUAGGAGAAACACAGCAAGUAGAAGAAGCCCGUUUUGUCGAACAAGCAUCUGCUGCUGAAGUUGUAGAGGAAGCAGUCAGUGUUGUUGUAGACGAUGUUCUAGAAAAGGUGAGUGCAGUUAGCGAAGUUGCAUCCCCAGAACAGGUUUUUGACCAGCCAGAUGUUACGCACCCGGAGCAAAACGAAAAAGAACUACCGAUAGAAGAUGCUGCUGCGAAAACGGAACUCAAGGAAGAAAUUAGAGUAUGUGAAAUUGAACUGGAAACGUCGCCUGAUGAAGAAGAAACUGCAAUCAAAAUGAUUGCUGCCACAUUGGAUGAAGCAAUGAUUGAGCAAGCAGAAGCACAAGAUAGUCAAACGAUUCCAGGUGAUCUUGUGACGGAAACAAUGGAGCAAACUGAACAAAUUGCUGAAGAAAAAAUGACGGAGGUAGCUGAGGUGCCGUCCAGUAAAGAAAGUGUGACUGACGAAUGUGUUACUGUUGACGUUCCACCAGAAGUUAUUAGCAAAGAGGAGGUUAUGACUGUUGAAAACGCUUCAGAAGCGGAGGUACCAAUCGAAGCUAUAGUAGAAGAAACUACAGCACAAAAGGAACUCAAGGAAGAGAUAGUGAUUUGUGAAGUUGAACUUGAACCAUCGGUUGAUGAAGAAGAAACUGCAACCAAAGUAAUUUAUACUGCAUUGGAUGAGGCAAUGGCUGAGCAAGAAGAGGAACAAGAGAUUAAAGCAAUUGCAGAAGCGCUUGUAACGGAAGUAAUAGAACAGGCUGAAAUUAUCGCGAAUGAGAAAGCGGCAGAAGUAGCUACGGAAACGUCUAACGUGGAAACUCAACUCGAUACAAGUGUUACAUUUGACGAAGUGGAAGCUGCUUGCGAUAAGGAAGUUAUUACCACUGAAUUUGUUGAAGAUGCUGUGGAAGCUGCGGUUCCCACUGAUGCAUUAGGAGAAUCGUCCACUGUAGAGGAAUUGAUGGUCACAAAAGAUUCCUCUGCAGCAGCAGAUAAGCCUGUUGACGUACCAGAAGUUACCACUGAAGAGGAAUUUAUUUCGGUUAUGACUGUUGAAAAGACCUCGGUAGAUGAAGAAGAAAUAGCAAUUAAAAAAAUUUCUACCGCAUUGAAAGAAGCAAUAGUGGAGCAACCAGAAGAAGAAGAGGUUAAAGCGAUCACAGAAGAACUUGUAACAGAAAUAUUAGAACAAGCCGAACAAAUCGCAAAUGAGAGAGCUAUAGAAUUAUCCAAUGUGGAAAGUCCGAUUGAUAGUAGUGUUGAUGUUAAAGGCCAAGAAAGUGCUAACGAUGAGGAAAUUAAUCCAAUUGAAAUAGUUCAAGAUGCUUCCGAAGCUGAGGUUUCCACUGAAGCAGACGUAGUUUCAACUACAGUUACUAAGAUUUUUGAAUCGGUAUUGAAAGCAGCUGAUUGGCCACUUCCAGAAAGCUGUGAAACUGAAGUAAAGAGCUCUGAAAAUAUUGAAUCUUCGACUGCUGAAACGGUUCAAGAUGUUACCGAAACGGUGGUUCCCACUGAAGCAGCCUUAGUUUCAAAAACGGUUACAAAAAUUUUUGAAUCCGUUUUGAAGCCAGCAGAUUGGCCAGUUCCAGGAGGCUGUGAAACUGAAGUGGAAGGCUUUGAAAGCACCGAACCUUCUACUGAAACAGAUAAAGGUGCUUCCGAGGGAGCAGUUUCCAUUGAACCAGACGUAGUUUCGACUACGGUUACUAAAAUCUUUGAAUCGGUGUUGAAACCGGCAGAUUGGCCAGUUCCAGAAAGUUGUGAAACUGAAGCGGAUGGCACUGAAAAUAUCGAAACUUCUACUGAAACAGAUCUAGAUGCUUCCGAAGCGGUGGUUCCUAUUAAAGCAGAUGUAGUUUCAACCUCGGUUACUAAAAUUUUUCAAUCCGUUUUAAAACCAGCAGAUUGGCCAGUUCCAGAAAGUUGUGACCCUCAAGCGGAGAGCUCUGACACCAUCGAGUCUUCUUCUGUUGAAACUGUUCAAGAUGUUUCCGAAGCGGUGGUUCCCGUAGAAGUAGACGUAGUUUCAACCACAGUUACUAAAAUUUUUGAAUCCGUUUUAAAACCAGCAGAUUGGCCAGUUCCAGAAAACUGUGAAACUGAAGCGGAGGGCUCUGAAAGUACCGAAUCUUCUACUGAAACAGAUAAAGAUGCUUCCGAGGCGGCAAUUUCCAUUGAAGCAGAUGUAGUUUCAACGACGGUUACUAAAAUUUUUGAAUCGGUAUUGAAACCUGCGGAUUGGCCUCUUCCAGAAAGCUGUGAAACUGCAGUCGAGAGCCCUGAAAAUAUCGAACCUUCUUCUUCUGAAACAGUUCAAGAUGCUUCCGAAGUGGCGGUUUCUACUGAAGCAGACGUAGUUUCCACUACGGUUACUAAAAUCUUUGAAUCGGUAUUGAAACCGGCAGAUUGGCCAGUUCCCGGAAACUGUGAAAUUGAAGUGGAGAGCUCUGAAAAUAUCGAACCUUCUUCUGAAACAAAUCAAGAUACGUCCGAAACGGUGGUUUCCAAUGAAGCAGACAUGGUUUCAACCACGGUUAUUAAAAUCUUUGAAUCGGUAUUGAAACCGGCAGAUUGGCCAGUUCCAGGAGGCUGUGAAACUGAACCAGAGAGCUCUGAAAAUAUCGAACCUUCUUCUGAAACAAAUCAAGAUACGUCCGAGACGGUGGUUUCUAAUGAAGCUGACGUUUCGACCACGGUAACUAAAAUUUUUGAAUCCGUAUUAAAACCAGCAGAUUGGCCAGUUCCAGGAAGUAGUGAAACUGAAGCGGAGAAUAUUAAUAAACAAAAAACCGUGGAAAUCCAAACCAAAAAACACGUUACAUUUGUGCUAUCUGACUCUUCUUCAGACCAGUCAUCAGUUGUCGAAAGCUCAUCAGAAUCCUCAUCCCCAAAUGAGAUUUCGCAAACGUUCGAUGAUUUCCACGUUCGAGAAUCGAUUACUGAGAAACCGAUUGAUGAACUUCAUUCUGCCGGAUCAGCAUCUGAGAAUCAACAUGUGCAACAGCCAGAAGAAACUAGGAUUGAAGCUAGUGAUGCCGGUGUUGUAGAACUCACGACUGAACCUACCGUAGAUAUGAAAGACGACGAAGUAGACCAUAUCAAGCCUAACGAUUCCAAUACAGCAAAGGUGUAUUUCUCUGGAGAACGAGCAGAGGAAUCAACUGUUAGUGUCUCCACACCAGUUGAGAAUAAAGUUGAUGUUGCCGUUUUCAGCGUUGCCGAAGAGGUCAUAACCGAUCAACCGUCACAGAUAGCUGCUGCACCUGAGUUGAUCGAUACUCCAUCGGCGGUCCCUUUCGUGGAACGAUUCACUACUGCUGCCGAAGUCAGUGAAGCCAUACAAGAACCUUCAGAUAACAGAAGACUACUGGAUUCGAUUAGUGACCAAUCAAUAAAAACGAAAACUAGCUUUUCUGAACAAACUGCGACUAUUUCUUUAGAGGAACCUGUUGAACUAAUUGCUGCAGCACGUAGUGGUACCGAAGUUCUACAAGAAUCAAAUGCUUCUUCUGCAGAUCAGCUGACAAGUGAGGACGAACCCAGUAAUAUUCAAGCCGAAAUUUCUGUUGAAGAGGAUGAUCUAGAACGACAAGCCGUUACACAGGUCGUUGAAGAACAGGAUAGGUAUGACGAUGAAACUAUAUCUGAAUCGAUUAUCACUACUGAAGAUUUGAACGACACUGGAUCUAAUGACCCUGUGAUAUAUAAUGGCGAUGAAACUACUGUUGAAGUGAUUGCUUUCAGCGACGACACUGCUGAACGACGUUGUGAAAAAUCGCCGGACACCGAAAAAGGAGCCCGCUCUUCAGAAGGACCAACAAUAGAAGAAAUUGUUGACGAUAAUAUAACCCCAACAGAGGAAGGCAAAACUAUCGAUGAGUUUGUUAUUAAGUUUGACAUUGAAAGGGUUGAUACUUCGGAGUUAAUUUCGGAAGUCAUUGAUGAAUCCUCUGAUGUUCCUUGCACGACGAGAGUUCCAACUGCUCUGGACGUUAUAUCAGAAAACCAGGAAGAACUGCUAGCUUCCGACCUCGACAGACCGGCCACAACCGAAUCCACUUCAAACGAACAGGUAGGAAUUGGGAAGGAUCCCAGUAGUCAUGACAUAUUAGAGCAUGUAGCCAAGGAAGAACUAAUCGAACGCACACUGACCGAGGCUACGGCCGUGGCGAGUGAAAUUGAAACAAUUGUUGAUCACAUAAUUGAGGAAAAGAUAUUGCACACCAUCCCGCCUAACGCCGAUAGCCAAGUGUCGACAAUCUCGGAAACCAAGGAUCAAUCUGCACCACUGAUAGUAAGUGAGCCACUAAGACUAUCUGCUUCCGCUGCUAAAGUAGUUGAAAGUAUCCUUGUCGAUGAUAAGUUUUCGACAACGAGCAGCGCAACGCCAACGGUCCCUGCCAGUAGUUCCUGUCCGGCUGAGGCCAAUAACAGCAUUAACCAAUUGAAAACGAGUUCUGCUACUAAUCAACCCUCUAGUCCUUCCAAUCAGUCACAAACGGUAUCAGCUUCAUCUUCAUCAUUUGCCAUUGAACUUAACUCAUUCAACAACAACAACCAAACGAAGGAUGAUUCGGCUGUAAGCGAAGAAAAUUUUAUCCCAGUUGAAGGGUUGAGUCAAGUCAUCACUCCCGAGCACAGCACCAGCUUAUCCAGUAGCAGCAACACCGUCGCCUCGAACACCGUCCUGGAACAAUACGAAAGCAGCAGUAGUGCGACCGCCAUUGACCAAGUACCGACCAGUGUCAGCAACGUUACUAAUCCUAAAUUUCUUACUCUGAAUCUAGUUAACUAUAGUCCUAGUGAUAGUAGUGGUAACAAUAGCAAUAGCUCCGCAUCCGCUUUGACUUUGUCGCGUAAUGCUGCGGGUACUGCUGACAUCAUCAGCACCGUCGCCACCGACAGUACCAGUGACCAACUGAUGGAACUAGAUCUGUUGCGUAGGAAAUUGGACGAAACGGAGCAGGCCAUGACCAAAAUAAUCGCCAAGAUAAGUGCCAUCCCGAAGGGCCAGCAAACAUCACUUAACAGGAAGGCUGAAACAGAAGAAACGGACAACCGAGAAGAGACAGCCGCGAGGGAACCAAAGUCCAACGGGCAUUUGGUCGAAACAUUGGACAGUACUAUUGAAAGCAACACAACCGCGGAUGAGCAACAGGAUCGACUUCCGGAUACGGACGAGGAAGCACCAACAAAGGUCGAAAAGCAACACCAGCAUGAAACUGGCGCUGUGCCUAAGAAACGUGAACCUAGCGAAGAUCGUGCCACCUUGAAAGUGAUACCCAUGGAAAAGAAAGCCAAGUACGAGCCGGGUAUGCAGAGCAGUCGCCCUGGUACUCCGGUGCAAUCUCUCACACUGGACUCGGCGCACGUUGAAGUAGACGCAUCAGAGUCUAAAUGCAUUUUAUUAGACUCGAAAGCACCACAGACAUCGAAGGUGGUCGUCGCGGAUCCCGAUCUUUCCAUUGAGACUUUAGAUGCCACUCACAAGCAUGAUGAUGAGGCACCUGUGGUACUCAGUGGAAAAAUGAAACUCUCGCUUGUGAAACUGGAUGACAAUGACAAAAGUUCAAGCAGUGCGGUGGUGACAGAAGUGAAGGACAGCGUCGACGAAAAGGAUGAUUCAUCCCACGAUCCGCUGAGGCCCAGUGAUCGAAAAUGAAGCAAUUCGGCAGAAAACUACUCCAGAUUGGGUAUUCAAUAGUUAGAUGCAAACAUGUUAAUGAUUGCUUGAGCCU